GUGAUUAGAACUGCCAUCAUCUGUGCCUGGGCCCACACGCCCACGUGGUGUACCGACCAAUCAUCAGUGUCCCUGUCCUCUCCCUGCGCCGGAUAGCUCGCCGCCGCCGGUCCACUCGCCCACCUCGCCCGUCAUGGCCGCCGCUGCAGCCGCAGCUGCCGCUCGGCGCGUCCCGCUCCGGGCGUCCCCGCCGGCACCAGCCUCUCCGGAGACAGCUAAGGCCCCUGCUUCCGUUCCGACCUCCUCGGCCGCCUCUGCAUCUCCUCCGCUCCGCGCCGCCGUCGCCCCGAGUUCCGGCCGCCGGCUCCCGGCGCCGCCGCUCCGGUGCUCCUCCUCGUCAUCGGAGACCUCGGUACCGCCGAGCAUCGGCUUGCUUGUGGAGGUGGAGGGAGUUCUUGCAGAUGUCUACCGUUUCGGCAAUCGUCAGGCUUUCAAUGUAGCGUUUCAAAGUCUCGGGCUAGAUUGUGCAAAUUGGACAGAGCCAAUAUAUACUGAUUUGGUCAGGUGCGUAUUAAGUUCUCUAGCGUCGUCAAUCACAUGUCCUGCCUCUCCUUCAACACUGGCUCGUGGUGAUGAGGAAAGGAUGCUGGCAUUAUUCUUUGACAGGAUUGGCUGGCCUACAUCUUUGCCGACUAGUGAGAAAGGAUCAUUUAUGAAAAGUGUUCUUCGUGAAAAGUUGAAAGCUUUGGAAGAAUUCUCAGCUUCUGGUAGCUUACCACUGCGGCCUGGAGUUGAAACGUUCAUUGAUGAUGCACUUAGUCAGGGUAUCCCUGUCGCCAUAUUGGCUGCAUAUGGGAGGAAUGGAGAAAAUAUUUCAAGAUCCAUAGUUAAAAAGUUGGGUCCUGAAAGAACAUCAAAAAUAAAGAUUGUUGGAAAAGAUGAGGUUGAAGGAAGCUUCUACGGGCAACUUGUUCUUGGUAAAGGAGUCACAUCCAGUUUGGAUGAGCAACUUAUCAGGGAAGCCCAAAAGGCUGCUUCCGCAGAGAAGCAGAGGAUUGCAGAAGAGGUUGCAUCGAUCCUAAAGCUUAGCGUUGACAUCACAGUGUCUGAAAGCUCUGAGAAGGUAAUAGCGGCUCUGCGAGCUGGGUCUGAAUACGUUGGAUGCGACGUACGAAACUGCAUUCUUGUUGCGGGCAGCCAACCUGGUGUCCUUGCAGCAGAGCGCAUUGGCAUGCCAUGCGUAGUUGUUCGAAGCAGCUUUACUGCCAGAGCAGAAUUUCCCUCCGCGAAGGCUGUCAUGGAUGGAUUUGGCGGUACAGACUUAACCGUAUCAAAACUACUGAGCAAGAAGUGGUCUUAAUAAUGUGUCGAUUAUCAAAACUAAAGGAUGGAUUGGAGAAUGCUAUGAAUUCGUAACUGAUCGAGUCCUGGCCCAUGAGAAGCCUUUUUGUAAACAUGAGACACUUGCUGAUGAAAGCUGUGAGAAGCGGAAACAGUAAUUGUUUUAGCAAUUGAGCAAUAAUAUGAAUCAGCAAUUCAAGUAUUCAAUAAAUUGUCAGAUUUGUUCUGAGGUC